GUUCCAGCGCACACUCAACACCUUCAGCUCUGUGCUUAACAACAUCUUCCUCUGAGACAGGUAUCCAUUUACAGCUGAGAUAGCAGUUCUUGACAUGAUGAAGGCCGUGAUUGUGUUGCUCAUUCCUCUUCUGCUUCCCUUGGCUUCUGCUCAGACUUUUCGUUGGGGCCCCUGCCCAACACCAAUGGUACAGCCAAACUUUGAACUAAGCAAGUACCUUGGAAAGUGGUAUGAGAUCGAAAAGCUCCCAGCAUCCUUUGAGAAAGGCAAGUGCAUUGAGGCAAACUACUCGCUAAGACCUGACAACACCAUCGAAGUUCUCAAUGUUCAGACAUACAAAGGAAAAAUAAGAAAAGCAGAGGGCACAGCAGUCGUUCAGGACAAGAGGGAGCCAGCAAAGCUUGGAGUCAGUUUCUCCUACUUCACACCCUACGCCCCAUACUGGGUCCUGUCCACCGACUACAACAGCAUUUCUCUUGUUUAUUCGUGCACUGAUGUUCUCAGGCUGUUUCAUGUGGAUUAUGCCUGGAUCCUCUCACGCUCACGCAUUCUGCCCGCAGAGGCCGUUUACCACGCCAAAGAGAUCUUCUCACGUGACAACAUCGACGUGAGCAAAAUGUUACCCACAGAUCAGCAAGGAUGCGAUGGUCCCUUUUAAACAGUGAAAACUGAAAUAUGUAAUUUUGGUUCAGAAAAGUUUGUGCCCUCACUAUCUCUAUUAUGAGUGAAAACGGCUUAAAUUAUCAUUAUAAAACUACUCCUGUUGCAUAAAACUGCUGAACCCAGCUUGCAAUAUAUUGCUCUAUACAUAUAUUUGCACCUCUUGAAAAAUAAAUAAAAGCAUAACCUUUUGCCAA